CGGACCGGGUCUGAGCCAGCGUGUCCGGGCAGCCCCUGGUCCGGGGGGAGGGAGCCGCCCCCGGCGCCGCCUGGGAGCAUGUUCCCGUCUCGGAGGAAGCCGGCGGUGUAUGUCCGGGAGGAAGCCGGGUCCCGCCGGCUGCUGGCACUCCUGCCACGGAAAUGCUCAGUUUUCCGGCUCUUCUUCACGGCGCUGCUUCUGGGCUUUGCCUCACUGCUGUGGCUGCAGCUCAGCUGCUCAGGUGAUGUGGCCCGUGAGGGGCGCGGGGCAGUGGCCCCCAACCCCCUGAAGCCUUGCCCCCCAGAGUCCCGGGCCUCAUGGGCUGAGGACCCAUCAUGGGGCCCCCACCGCCUGGCGCUGCUGAUCCCCUUCCGGGAACGCUUCGAGGAGCUGUUGGCUUUCGUGCCCCACAUGCAUCGCUUCCUCAGCAGGAAGAGGAUCCGCCACCACAUCUUUGUGCUCAACCAGGUGGAUCAUUACAGGUUUAACAGAGCGUCUCUGAUCAACGUCGGCUUCCUGGAGAGCGGCAAUGACACCGAUUACAUUGCCAUGCACGACGUUGACCUCCUGCCCCGCAACGAGGAGCUGGACUAUGGCUUCCCAGAGGCAGGGCCCUUCCAUGUGGCAUCCCCAGAGCUGCACCCGCUGUACCACUACAAAACCUAUGUGGGUGGCAUCCUCCUGCUCACCAAGCAGCACUACGAGAUGUGCAAUGGGAUGUCCAACCGCUUCUGGGGCUGGGGGCGAGAGGAUGAUGAGUUCUAUCGCCGGAUCAAAGGAGCUGGCCUCCAGCUUUUCCGCCCCUCGGGAAUAAAGACUGGAUACAAGACCUUCCAGCACCUGCACGACCCAGCCUGGAGGAAGCGAGACCAGAAGCGCAUUGCUACCCAGAAGCAGGAGCAGUUCAAGGUGGAUCGGGACGGGGGCCUAAACAACGUGAGGUAUCGGAUUGAGUCCCGGACGGCGCUGAGUGUGGCUGGAGCUCCCUGCACUGUCCUCAAUAUCCUGCUGGACUGUGAUGCCAGCAAGACCCCCUGGUGCACAUUCAGCUGAGGAGCCUGCCCUAGGCCCCAGUCAUGCUUGCCAUGCUGAGAUGCCCAGGGACUGCAGCGGGGCCAUUCGGAGCAGGGCAGGUUCACUGUGGCAGCUAAGCGCGAGGCUGGAGCAUGGAGGCGACAGGCUGGAAGAGGGCUGAGGAGCCAGCCCAGCUCCUCAGUCGGUGCAGCUGGAUGGGCAGAACUGAGACCAAGAUGCUGUGGCCUCAGCACAGAUGCUGCCAUUACCGCAGGAAGGCCGCUCCCUCCUUGCGCUGGCCAUGGCAGAACUGCCUCCGUGCUCGAAGGAGACAGUAAAGACCCAUCAGGACCAUGUAAUGUCAAUGCACCGAGCCACGCCCUGCUUUCCAUGCCAGUGCCCAUAUGCCAGCCUCGGUCAGGCACUAUUCCUGCUUCUCGCUCCCUUGCUGUCCUACUGCUCUGUGAUUCCAAGAGGAAGCAGGGAUGGAAGCCAGGCUGUGAGUGUCUGCCAGUGCCCCAGCUCCCUGGCAGACCCACUGGAACUGCAGCAGUCAGGGCAGGAGGCUCACAAGAGAGGUUUGGUUGAUGCAGUGGAGCCAUGGGGCCCAGAACUCUAUUAACACGAGCUGGGAUUUCAGCAGAGGAUGGGACGUAUUGGCUACAAUACUGCCCAGAACUUCCCAUUCCCCUUCAUGUGGCUUCUAGGUCUCGCUGCCCACUCCUGCUUUCUGUGGAGUAAGGUCAUGUUUCUGUUGAACCCCAGCUAGUGAGCAUGUCACUGCUCACCGGCUGCAUCCCUCCAGAGCACCAGCAGUGCCAGUGCCACUUCCCACAGUACACAACAUACCCCAGCCUUCUCCAUGGGGCUUGAGUGAGUAUCUGGUGCCUUGGCCUCUGGUGUCCCCUUCUCUGCUGGCCCUGCCCUCUCCCAGCUCUAGUUAGGAAAUCCUGUACGAUGUGUUUCCCUGGAAUGUAAUGGCUGCUAAUUCACUGCAGUGGUAGCAUUAAAGCCAGGGGAGCCAUAGAUGGUGUCUGUGCAAGAAUCCAGCCCACGGCUCCUCCCCAGCAUCCAGAGAUGGAGCUUCCUGUACUGCAGGGGACAGGGUUCUGAGACUGCCUACCCCAGGGAACAGCACAGGCCUGUGAAUGUUUCUGGUUAGAGAAGGACCAGAGGGGUGUCUGUCUGUGUGUAAUUAACCACAGGAACAACUUCCCCAGGGCCCUGGGGGACUCUCCACCACUGACGGUUUUAAAAUCCCAACUGUGUCUGCUCCAAGAAUAGUUUGGGGCAGGUCUCUGGUCUGUGCUAUAAAGGAGCUCGGACUAGACGAUCACUAAGGUCCCACCCGACCUUGGAAUCUCUGAACUGAGCUUCCUUCAUGGACCGAGAGGCUGCCAGCCCCUGCAGCUGCGGCCAACAGCAGCUGCUCUGUACACUGGGCCAUGGUAGUCCAAGGACCUGCUGCCCUAUAACUGCUCAGCUUACGCACUGGCGCAGGCCCUUGGUAGAGCCAGGACUGUGGGGUUCUGCUCCUGCAGCCUCGAGGCUCAGUGCUGUAGAAGGUGGCUUCUUCUACUGAGUCUAAACCUCCCCCCAGCCUGUUCUCGUUGUGCGACGGUGAGGAAGCAAAUCCAGGCCUUCCAGUCCGCGUUAGGGUUUCACCGCCUUCUGGAGCCCUCAGUGUCCUGCUGGGUGCAUCACAGGAUGCUGAAUAGAACAGCAACCUUGCAGCUGGAGGUCCCAGACCUGCUGUAGGGCCUGCCCACUCUCCUGCCAGGCUCUGCUUUGGUGGAGAAGUCCACUCGGCUCAGGGCCUGAUAUCAGCUCUUAGAGAAAGGCCAUGUUCUGCUCAGAGUGGGGGCUGGGACUACAAGGCUCAGCUCAUGGGCCAAGCUCCCACAGGCUGCACUGGCCCCUGGUAAUACUCCCUAAAGCAGGGACCUGCUACCCUCCUGCAAUCCCCUGCAGGAGCAUGAGGGUGAGAGCAGAGCAGCCCCAGGGAACAGGAUGGCCCUGUUGCUUCAUGGCAAAUUCAAAAGGUUUUUUCUGCACAUCUGAACUGGCACCAGGGGUAAUUGCUGUGGCUGGGGGUGGGGAGAGAUCAUGGGGCGAAGUGCUUAGCUCCACCCUAAGGAAGGAGUAACGAUCAUGGGGCCGGUGACGGUGGGGUGAUGGGGCAAGCCUGUCUGGGUAGGACAGAGGGGAAAGCUCUGGCUGCAGGGGGCAGUUAAGGGCUCGGAGGGUAGCCUCUAGCUCUGGCUGGGCAGAAAGCCUCCAAGUUCCUCUGCUGCACCUGCCUGGGCCCGUGCCAUCAGGGCUGGGGGGACUGACUGACUAGAGCUCUGGGUGGGGGUAUCAUGCACUAUGGAAUCACCAGUCCUGCCAGCACCUCCUGCUCCAAAUGGUAUUAAUCUGUAAAGCUCCCAGGAGGGGGAACGGAGAGAAGCCACAGCACCUGGGUCAGGGCUUGAGUCUCAGUCCAAAGCAUCUCAAGCAGAUAUGGCAGCCUCUGAGCAACUUUAGCUGGCGUCUCCAGGUGCAGCUGUGCCCAGAGGUGGUGCCCGGCGGCUUAAUGCUGGUAGGGUGGGAAAGGCUCGUCCUGAAGGUGUACAGGGUUUGUGAUCUCUGUGGGGGGAUGCCACCCUCCUGUGUCCUGUGUAGGGGUAGGCUACUGGCCUGAGGUGUCUCGGGGGAGUCCUCCAAUGACUCUGCAUUACCCUCCUUCAGCAGCUGAGAUUUCUUCUUGGGGUGCUGCUGCAGGGCAACCCACUGGUCAGGCUGGCUUGGGGAGGAAGCUGGGUACUUGGCUGUGACUGAGGGGGCCUCAUAGGCUACCUCAUUGGAGAGGUAGGUCCUUAGCCACAGCUCAGUGCACGGGGAGGGAGCCAUCACAGCAGGAGCUGCUGGAGAGGAGAGAAACCAGGGGUUACAUCAUGCAUGUCUGGGAGGAGAGAGGGGAAGGAGACUCGAGCUGGUCACUGCAUUUUGGAGCUGCAUGUGCAGCAGCACUGGACAGAGGGAAGGAAAAGCCUGCAAUAGGGCUGUGACCGUACCUGGAAUGCUGUGCGCCUUUCCCUCUGUAUCAUUAUACUGCGCCCAUCACCGAGGUAUCUGGGUACCAUGUUACCAAAGACACCCAUGACUAAAGGCAGCGCCAAGAAGAGCA